UAAGAGUCACAUACUAGUCAGUCUGUGAAGUAAGCCUCUAGUUCUGGCUUGCACACACAGGCACACCCCCUCCCUCUUCUGUCUAAGGAGAGCAGACUUCCGUGAGACAGUUUCACACAGAGACACCCUGAGUGCCCAAAGGAGCUGGGAGCGCUUGCUCAUGGCUGACAGCUACAUCGAAGAAUCGGAGCCCUUUCCUGAAAAAGGGGAGACUCUGGAGUGGGGCUAUGAAGAAGGAGUAGAGUGGGGGUUAGUUUUUCCAGAUGCUAAUGGAGAAUACCAAUCUCCCAUUAAUUUGAACUCAAGAGAAGCCAAAUAUGAUCCUUUGCUCCUGGAAGUAAGUUUAUCGCCAAACUACGUUGUAUGCCGUGAUUGUGAGGUCAUCAAUGAUGGGCAUUCGGUUCAGAUCCUCUUAAAGUCUAAAUCAGUCUUGGUUGGAGGGCCGUUGCCUCGGGGGCAUGAAUUUGAACUGCAUGAUGUUCGAUUUCACUGGGGUAGAGAAAAUCAACGUGGCUCAGAACAUACUGUUAAUUUUAAAGCUUUUCCCAUGGAGCUUCAUCUAGUCCACUGGAACUCCACAAUGUACCACAAUAUUGAUGAAGCAAUUGGGAAGAAGAAUGGCAUAGCCAUUAUUGCUUUAUUUGUACAGAUCGGAAAGGAACAUUCGGGCCUAAAGGCUGUAACUGAAAUUUUGCAAGAUAUCCAGUACAAGGGGAAGUCAAAGACAAUACCAUGUUUUAAUCCCAACUCACUAUUACCAGAUCCAUUAUUACGAGAUUAUUGGGUGUACGAAGGCUCCCUCACAGUCCCACCUUGCAGUGAAGGCGUUACGUGGAUCUUAUUUAGAUAUCCUUUAACUGUAUCCCAACUCCAGAUAGAAGAGUUUCGAAGACUGAGGACGCAUGUUAAAGGAACAGAACUCCUAGACAGCUGUGAUGGAAUAUUAGGAGAUAACUUUAGACCAACACAACCACUUAGUGACAGAAUCAUAAGGGCUGCCUUCCAGUAGCAAAGGCACAUAUUGGAAGUAAUUAUAACCUAGAAAGCAGAAGACAAUGCACCCACAGUGCCCUUGGAUGAGAAAUGGAAAUGUUUGAGGCUGCUGCUUCAGUUUCUCCACAAAGCCUGCUUUGUCUGCCUUCAUCUAAUUCAGACUUGAUAGACAGCUGUGACAGUUGGCCUGUCCACAUGGUCCAGUGAAAUUCUGGGAAUGAGCUUUAUAUUACAAGAAGAAAACACAUUAAUACUUCCAACUUGCUACUCUUAACGUUUUAUUGCUUAUGACAUUCAGGUUUUGCACAGCAGUGCUCUGUAGUGUCUUCAGCUCGUAUGUUUGGUGAGAUGAUGAUUACUAUGAACACACUACACAUAUUUACCCUGUUUUUUCACAUGGCAGUAUUUGAAUGCUCUUGUCUUCUUUUUGUCCCUGAAAUAUUGUAAGUAAAGAAAUAUAAAUUAAUGGUGUGUUAUACAAUAUUAAUAAUUUACUCACAAAUGAUAAUAUAUUAUUAGAGAAAUAAUUAUAUUCUUAAUAAAUUACUAUCUUGACUCAUCUUAAAAUAAUGCAUUGAAAUAUUUUUCUUCACAAUAAUGAAAAGGUAUUUGACCAAAUUCAGUUGAAUGGAACAAGCUUUAUUCUAGGAAUAAAGCUUGUUCCAGCAAUGGAGCAACAAGAUACAAAUCCUGAUUGUUUAAAUAGCCAUUGUAAAUAGGUGUUUCAAAAGUUUAGUCCCAUGGCUAUUAUACAUGUUGAUAUAUUACAUUCAAUGAAUUAAUGGGAUGUAUGUAAGUGUUAUUAUUCCGUUACUGUAACUGUACUCUAGUUGAGACUUACAACUAAAUUUAGGCUAGAACAUUAAACAUAUGUAAUAUUUAGAACAUUAAGACACUAGAGCAAGACAUAUAUUUUGUUAAGGCUAUGGCUGAGUAAGAAUUUUGUUUCAGUUUCUUUUUUAAUAAUUUACCAAAGGUUCAUAAUUUCUUCAUUUAUAGAAUCGAAAAUGUGAGUUUUAGAAAAGUGGGAUGUGGAAGCAAAAAGUUGACAUUUCUUUGUUUCUACAAAAUAUCUGAUAGCAGGUUAUUACAUCUCGAAAUCGCCUACUUCAGCUGGACCCCUUCAAAGCCGAUCCAUUUUGACUCAAGCCCUAGUCCUGAAUGUUGGUUGCAUAUUCCUAAGGUUCAUACUAUCAUUGGAAAUCUUAAAAUAUAGCUGUAAAUUAUUAUUUUUUCAUUUUGGCCCUGUCAGAUGAAAAUGAUAGAAUCAUAGAGCUGAAAGAGAUUACAAUGACCAUCCAGUCCAACCCCUGCCAUAUGUCAGUCAAAGCACUUUUGACAGAUUGUCAGUCAAGCAUAUUUCCAGUUUCUGCUUGAAAAUGUCCAUAGAAAGAAACUCCUCCACACUCCAAGGCAACGUAUUCCACUACAGAAGCUCUUUCAUUUGGAGGGUAUCCAAAUAAAGGCAUGUUUGUCAUCUUA